UGCUUGCAAGAUCAUCGGAAACUCAUCAUCAAAUGUCUUAGCCUGUAGACACCUUCUACUAUAGUCGCUGGGUUCACUCUGACGUUGUCAAUGCCUCCAACGACGGCCAAGUCAUCCGCGAGCUGGCAUUCUUGUCGGAACCUUCGUACCAGCGCUUGCCGCCGUACACAACAAGCCCCCAUUGCACUAAGCAUCUCGGCAACUGGACUGUUGUCCAUCUGCACAUCCCAAGGGAUCGCUAUACCUUUGACUCACCAUCUACCAACGCCUUUUCCGACAAGUGGCCUGUGGGUGUCACUGGUGUCACUGUCUUCCAAACCCGCUCCAUCUAUCGCCCUAAGCCUUUCCCUCUCAGCGACAGUUGCCGGAACGACUGCCCGAAUGACUGCCCGAAUGACUGCCCGAAUGACUGCCACGUCAACUGUCCGACCAAUUGCCACACCGAUCGCGACGCCGGUUGUCAAGCUGGUCGGCAUGCUCAUUGGCAAGUCACGAACUUGUACAAAAUCCCUCGGUGCAAAGCCGUUGUGUGUCGUUGGGAUGAAAGACAUCGGUGGUAUCCCGGUUCAGCCCAGGCGCCCAAGGAGCACGGCACUCAUAGGCCUGCGCGUUAUUAUGAGUCGCUGGAUAAAUUUGGUCGAUGGCUUUGUAGGGAGCAUGUUUUCAGUACACAAAACUUGAUGGAUAUUUGGCCAAGCCUUGGCGAAUACGACUUACCGGCUAGUGGCUGGAAAGGUACAACUCCGCGUGGUGAUUGGAUUUAUGACCCGAAGC